AUGGUGUUCCUCUUCACCAAGGGCAUCCGCUACCUCGUCUUCAUCUACAUCCUCUACAGCGCCGCCAACUUCUACCUCGGAUGGAAGGCCUACCGCUUCUCGCCAAAGGAGUUCCGCAGCAUUGCCACGAAAGCGCAAGGUGCUUCUUCAAACGGUGCUGACGCCACUCGCAAAUUCUUCGGCGAUCUCUCCAAGGCGUACAAAGGCUCCAUCGUCCCCAGCCCGAAGUGGGCCCCUGUGAAUGCGGGCGGGCUGAACGUGCAGAUGCAGCUUCUCCACAAUUCGCUCACCGAGUACGUUGCCGUCAUCGUUGCCCCCUACAAGACCACCGGGCGCUCAGGAGCUCACUGGAGCAAUAGCACAUGCACCGUGAUGGCCGGCGAGGUCUCUCGCGCCCAGGAUCGUCUCGCCCAGCCCAUCAGCAAGGAGACGUUCAAGACCGGAGGCAACUUCCGUCACGGCCAAUGGGAAUCGUUCACCUACGACUUCGCCCCGGAGACCUACAUUGUAUGCUAUGGUCGCGGCAUUAUUCCGGUGUCGUCGAUCUGGACGACGAUGGGCACGCUUGGGACCGGCGAUUUCGUCAACUUUGCCCACCAAGUCGCGUUCUUCGGCGAGGCCUUCUUCAACAACAUCAUCACCGCCGGCAUGGCCACCUUCAACCACUACAAGGCCCAGUUCUCCAAAACCGAACUC